AUGCAAGGCCCGUUCACCUCAGGCGAAGCUUUCGGGGAUCAAGAUCCAACUUCGACGACGACCCAUACUCCGCCACUACCGAACGCCACUCCUGGAGGAACGUACCAUACCGCAAGUGACGUUCAGUCGUCGCUGACGAACGUGGAGCUCCGAUGGCUCGCCAGGGUAGAGGAGGAAAGGGAGAUCAUGCCAGGCACGUUUCCCGACGGACCCUCCCUUCUCGCGUUUCUGGCCGGCCUGCAACAUAGGUCCCCGAAAAUGUCGUCAUGGAGCACAUCCUCAUCCCACUCGUGGCACACGGCACGGGAGGCCAGGUCCAGCCCGAGUCAGUUGGCACUAUUGAUUGACAUCGACUACGACCGCAUGCCAUAUGACGAGUGCACGCCGCUGUCACGCGGGCGCCAGGACACGAAAGAUCUUCGGGAUCUACCCAUCUGUACGUCGUGCCCAUAUGCUCGACAGGAGAGGGCGCACGUUAUAUCGCUCUCCGCAUGCAGUGACGGCGAGCGGACUUGGGAGUCAAAGAGAUCUAUUACCAUGACCCAGUCACUCAUCGCCACGCUACGUAGGAUACUCUUCCUUCCAAGCGCAUGCGACGAGCCUAAGUGCUCGAUCUCCAAGCUUAUGAGGAAGGUCACGGAAGACGUCUUUCAGACAACGCUUAUGCGUCGCAAGCGUAUCGAGAAGCUGAAGAUGCAAGGGAAGGAUAUCGGCGAGCUCGACGGUAACGAUUCAAUACCCCAGAUCGGAAGCGCUAACCCAUUGCAUCCCAAUGAAUACUUCAACUUGAUGCUUUCGCCUCCCGGGUCGCCGCGCCCGAGCCACGUGCAGUCCAUCGAGGACUAUGGUCAUUGA